AAAGAGCUCUAAGAUAAUUAAGCUAAACAAUUACGAUGGCAACCCAAAAGGAUUCUGGUAAACCUUUCAAGUCCUUAUUUCGACACCCAAAAGAGUCUUUAGACUAGGUUUUUGCAAUUUUUGAUACAUUUUGAGUAAAUUAGAGUGGAAUUUUACUGAUGAUGGUUAGAAUUGCUAGGCGGUCAUUGUUUGAUAUGAGGUAUAGUGCCAGGUUUAGCCAGAAGGCUCCUGUUAAGAUAAAAUAAGAUCGAUUCAGAUAGUAUAGUCUCUUUUAAAAAGAAGAAAAAAUUUGAUUCAACAAGGCUCGAAAAGAUUCCUUUAAAGCCCAGUUUGAACUCUGUUCACUGGAGGUCAAGUAUGCAGGACUUAGCAAAUACUCACUCUAAGUUUUCACAGUAUAUGGAUGAAGUUCAGUCUCAGAUAAAACAUUUAUCUACUCCAAGAAGAUCUAAGAACUCAACUUCAAGAAACAAGUUCAAAUCUAAUAAUACCCAAAGAACUCAGAAUUUUGAUAAUGAUGUGAAGUUCCGUUUCCAAACGGCUGUAUCUCAGUUUAAUAAUACCCCAAAAAACAAGCCUAUGACAGUGAGAAACCAGACUAAGAAAGCUCCUGGUUUUGUUAUCAGUCUUGCACCUAACUCUAUUACAAGAAGAAGUAACGUGAAAUCUGUGUCUAUAAGCACUAGCCAAAAUGUGUCUCCAUCUAACACUAAUGAGAAUGUGAAAUAAAAUGUUUUCUAAUAUGAACUAUAUCACACCUCAGAUGCCUAGAAGGAAGGAUCUGACCGAGAGAGUUCAAGAGACAAUAUUUCCAGAAUGAAACUAUUUCGAGAAUCGAAUGAGGAAUAAGAAGAAGAGAAUCAGAAAAAUACUAUCUAAUAUCCGUUCAGACCUUAAAUACCGCAGGAAUGUGGAUAUUGAACAAUUCUUAGAGCUCAGGAACAGCUCCUCAGAAGUCUUAGAGCCUAAGAAUGAGAGUAAAUAAAGUAGAACUGACACAGGAGCAAAUUGCAUUUGGGAUAGAGAUCCUUCCUGACGGGUCAAAGCAGUUUAAAAUGUACGACAAAGUGCUGCUGUCGUUUACGAACCCCUUUGAUAUCUGACUCAUCCCACCUGAAGACAGGACGCCUAACGAUAACCUGUACCUAGCACAUUACUUGCUGCAGAAUGUGAAGUACAUCUCAGUGAUGAAUUUGACCCUGAUAGCUUUCAUUAGCAGGAAAAUUACAGCACAAAGGUACUGAAUGAGCCAAAAGAUUAUUAUUAAAGGAGAAAUAGGUGACUGUAUGUAUAUACUGUAUAAAGGUAUUGUUGAGGUCAUUAUCGAGGGUCGGAAAGGCGAACCCAUCCUCAUGGAGUCAGGCUCAGUCUUUGGAGAAACCGCCCUCCAGAACGAUGUCACAAGGACAGCUACUAUUGUAGCCAGGAGUGAUGUUGAAGUCAUGAUUUUGAGUAAAUAAAGAUUAUCUUAAUGUCGUCUAUGAGAGUAAGAAUCUGGAGAGAUCUAACAACCUUAUAUUUCUACUUGGACUGAAAUUCUUUAAAGGCUGGACAGGGCCCAAAAUUGAAGAGAUUAAUAAAACCUUCGGGAUUCUUGAGUUGAAGCCUCACCAGGUUGUGUACAGAGCUGGAGAUUACGCCAAUGUAUUUUAUAUAGUCAGAGCUGGAGUUCUACACAUGGAAUCAGUUGUUGAGGUAGAGAAUACCUACAGAUAUCCAGUAGGCCCUAAGAAAUGGGAGUACAAAUAAAAUCACCAGACGUCUAUCCUAUCGAGUUAAAGAGCUUAAAAGAGGUGAUAUGUUUGGCCAUGAAGAGAUCUUUGAUCAGGUUGGAAGAAGAGCUAUUAUCACAUCUUUAGAAGAAAGUGAGCUAAUGUACAUGAAUCUGCCUGAAUUCAACAGAUUAUUUAAUAAACAGUUCAUAAAAGAGAAGCUAUUCUUAGAAUUCCCAAGAAUCGACCUAGAAAAAGCAAAAGAGAUGUUGCUUAAAAAUGACAUUACAAGGAGGAAAAACUCAGAGGCGAUCUUCAAGGCAAUUAACGUGAAUUAUUCCAGCGCUAUCUCUCGUGAGAUCUUCCCUGAGGACAGGAAAAUCAAAAAACUUAGAUUCAUCCUCGAAAAAGCCAAGAGGAAGCAAUGUUUUUCAAAGGAAGAAAAAGAAGAACAUGAUAAAAUAAAAGUAUUAAGUGUGAGAAGCUCAAUAUCUUAA